AUGAUCAAGUCGCCGAUUCGUGAGGUUCACAUGAUAAUGGCCAAACACAAUCGAAAACCAUCUGGGUCCCAAGAACAGGGCUUGAAGGAUCCUCUCAGUCAUGAUAUUUCUCUGAAAGGCUCCAUAUCAGGAGUCAGUCUGGAAGCCAGCGGUCAGGGCGAUUCCACCACAUUAACCCCGACGCUGCCCAGCUCUACUAUAUCAAGCAGUCAUGGAAUACAAUCACCAGGACUCAGGGAAAGCGAACCAGGACCCCUGGGAUUGAACGUAGUAUAUACCCCAGAGAAUGCACGAAAACUUGACAUUGUAUUUGUUCACGGACUAGGCGGCACGAGUCGGUGGACAUGGUCUAAGAAUAAGAACCCUGCGCUCUUCUGGCCUUCGACCUUUUUACCUCUAGAACCUGACUUAUGUCUCGCACGAAUAUUAACAUUUGGCUACAAUGCCAACUUCCUAAAGACGGGAAGUCUUGGCACUUCAAUUCUUGAUUUCGCUAAAGCACUGCUGUUCGACCUCAAGUAUGGAAAAGACGAGUCUAAGAGUGAUCUUAACAUGGGGAGCGUUCCUCUCAUCUUUGUGGUACAUAGCAUGGGCGGCCUAGUUGCUAAAGAAGCAUACCUGCUAGGUCAGAAUGAUCCUGAAUAUGAGGCAAUUGUUCGAGCGAUCAGUUCUAUCGUUUUCCUUGCAACACCGCAUCGUGGUACGAAUCUUGCCGAGACACUUAACAGAAUACUACAAGCGGCUAUUGUUACGAAUCCAAAGCCUUAUGUAUCUGAAUUGAUUAGAAACUCAUUUACGCUACAAAGGCUCAAUGAACAGUUUCGCCACGUUGCCCCUCGCCUUGACAUAGUCUCAUUCUAUGAGACACAACCAACUUCAUUAGGGCUAAAAAGCGCAAGAAUUAUGAUAGUAGAAAAGGACUCGGCAGUGCUUGGAUAUCCCGGAGAAAUAUCAAAAGCGCUAGAGGCCGACCACCAUGGCGUUUCUAAGUUCGACCAUCCCCUAGAUCCAAACUACAUUACUGUGAGAAAUGUGCUUAUGUCUUUGACAAGUAAAGCAUUGUCCGAGAAGGCGCUGAAAUCCCUUGAGGCAUCGGACAGAAAGGACUUAGAGACUGCACGAUCAUUCCUUGGGCUUCAGGAGUUGCCAGAGGCAGAUUACACGUUUUCCCAUGAUCAGUGGAUGCAAGGGACCUGCGAUUGGAUCAUACACGAAAAAGCCUUCAAUACGUGGCUAGACACUAAAAGCUCUGCAUCAGGGGUUCUAUGGCUUAAUGGAAACCCUGCAUCUGGAAAAUCGGUGAUGUCUUCUUUUAUAAUUAAUCAUCUCAUCGAGCAGAAACUGUGUUGCCAAUAUUUCUACAUUCGGUUCGGAGACAGAACAAAGCGGACUUUGAGUCUGUUACUUCGUUCAAUCGCGUUCCAGAUCGCACAAGCAGAUUCGAAGUUUCUUCGCGAGAUCAUCGACCUCAAAGAAGAGGGUAUAGAUAUGGAGAACGCCGAACACAGAAUGAUCUGGCAAAGGGUGUACAAAUCUAUCCUCUUCAAGUCAGGAGAUACGCCACCGCUUUAUUGGGUUAUUGACGGUCUAGAUGAAGCAGAGAAUCCCCAAGCAAUUCUUAGGGCGCUAUAUGAUCUUUCGUCUUCGCUCAACCCUGUCCGAGUUCUCAUUACAAGUCGGAAAACCCUGGAAUUAGCAGCUGCAGUGACGAAGAUUCCCCAUGAUCUUUAUUAUGGAGAGAUUAGCGUAGAGGGUCACGUCGAUGAUCUGCGUUGUUACGUUACCCAAGAGCUGACUAUGUUGGGCACACCCGAAUUCAAACAAAACGUUACUGCAAGGAUACUUGAGGGUGCGCACAAUAACUUUUUAUGGGUUCGACUUGCCGUCGAGAAGUUGAAUGCUUGCCAUCGCCUCGCUGAUGUCGAGCUUGCGCUACAACAGCUGCCGGGAGGUAUGGGGGCGUUAUAUGCCAGAAUGGUGUCCUCCAUGCCAGAAGACCCCAUUAAUAACGCCUUAGCACAUCGCAUUCUCAAAUGCGCUGUUGGUGCAUUACGGACUUUAACUGUAGUAGAAUUAUUGGAGGUAAUCGGAGAGGAUACCACCGAAUUCCUUGACAUCCAAAAAUCCGUCAUGAACCUAUGUGGCGGGUUAGUAGUGGUUGAUAACGAUGGCAACGUCUCGAUGGUUCAUCAGACCGCUCGAGAAUAUCUACUAGAUUCAAACAACGGCAGUCUCUGCGUGGAAAAGAAUCUUGCUCACGGAGAACUCUUCCUUAGUUGUAUGAAGUGCCUGACAACUGCAGGGCUCAGAGAAAAACUGAUUCGACGGUUGAAGCCUGAUCUACUCGAUUAUGCAGCGUCAUUUUGGUCUUCGCAUCUCAUUUCAUCAGAUUCAGAUUCAAUCGUUUUAUCGGAGACCCUCAGACGAUUUCUCAAAAGCCCAGCGAUAUUAUCAUGGAUUCAUUUCCUGACUUUGGAAGGGAAACUUCAUAUACUCGUUCUUACAUCAAAACAUCUAUCGAUACACGCUUCUAGGCAACAGAAACGCGCUCGUACAAAAGGUGAAGAAAGUCACCAGAAUAUGGAUCGUGCACUUAUCGAGAACUGGGCUGUUGAUUUGAUUAAGCUAACCGGAAAAUUUGGUGCGGUUCUGACAAACAACCCGGAGUCGAUUUAUAAAGAAAUUCCUCCCCUGUGCCCUCGCAACUCGUCUAUAUAUCAACAAUUCGGGAGUAUGGAAGCCAAAAGCCUACGAGUUCUGGGAAUCUCAACAGACGAUUGGGAUGAUUCCCUUUCGAGGUUAUCCCUCCCAGGAGCUAAACAAGCUUCCUUCAUUGCAGCUGCUGGCGCUCACAUAGCUAUGCUAGCCGUAUCGGGGAAUGUCUUCAUUUACGAUUCUUCGACAUUUGAAGAGACGAGCAUGAACCCUAUAAACCAUCAUGAAAGGGUCUAUCGGAUGGAGCUCGACAGAACGGCGUCACUACUUGUCACUUAUGGAUACCGAACCACCAAGAUUUGGGAAUUACCAGAUGGCAAGUGUAGGCUAUCUGUGAAUAAUCUGGCUGCAAGGCCACGACCCCUGACCAUGCUCCUGACAAACAAUAACAAGACACUGUUAGUUGGGUUCGAUGACAGACGAAUUAGGUCGAUCAACAUAUGCGAGACUGUACCGAAUUGGAAGGUCGUGGCUGAUCUGGAAGAACCCGAGCUGGACGGGCAAUUCCUCAACGCAGCUAACUAUAUGACUUUGAGCAACGACGGUAGCCUGGUCGCAGUAGCUUACCGUGGCCAUCCUCUGGCUGCAUGGGAAUUAGAUGGCCCUAUUCAUCUCGGGCACUGCUGGCGUAAAAGGGAAGAGGUCUCCAGGGGCGAGGUUAUUGACGCUGUCUGGAACCCUCAAUCGGCUGAAGUAUUAGGCCUGUAUCUUGAAGGGGUUGUAUUCAAGUGGCAGCCCUACGAGGAUUAUGUGGACGAACUACACAUCGGGGCAUCCAAGCUCGCGAUUAGCGAUGACGGAAACACUUUCGCAGCUGGAAGUGCUCAAGGUGUGGUUAAGCUGUACAAAACGUCGAACCUUGCUCUCGUAUAUCAGUUGGCUUCUCAAGAUACUGUUCUCGGUUUGGCAUUCAGCCCCGACUGCCGUCGCUUUUACGACAUAAGAGGACACUACGGAAACGUAUGGGAGCCCGAAAUUUUGAUGAGAUAUGCGGAACAGGCGAACCGAGGAUUUGGAGACAAUGACGAUAUUGAGAGUGCAGUCGCGACUUCAAGCAUGACUGCUAUGAGGACAUAUCAGCAAGUUGACAACAUUACUGUGCUGUCGAAUCGAGGCAGGAUUGCUACGCUGCAUACGUCUCGGGGCCACUUGAGCAUUGAGAAGCUCGCGUGGAGUCCUGCUGGAUGCUCGAUUGCGUUCAUUGACUCUAGCAAGAAGCUGUUCAUUAUACCCAUCAACCCUCCCGACAAGAACAACAUAGACCCCGUCAUAGGAUCUACAACGGAAAUAUCAUUAAAGAGUGCUACCAAGGGAGAAAUAUAUCAAAUACUUCUACACCCGGACUCGAAUCAUAUCUUCGUAUUUACCUCGACUAUAAUCCACCGGUCCAUCACUCUGGACUCGAUAGAGGCCCAUUGGAUUCUUAACCCUCUGAAUGACAGCCAAAUCCUCGGCUUCGAUCCUCAAUCUGAAUGGAAUGCCGGCGAGCCAACAGACCAGGGCGACAGUCGAAGCGAGCAAGGAAGCACAAUCGACCGGAUAUCACGCAAGAACCAAGCCGCGAAGAAGAAGAUACAUUACCACUUCGACACAGCAUCUCUCGGGGCCAUUGGCUCAGAAACGCUAGCAUCGGAACAUGCCGCCGGACGAGGCGCGGUGCGCGUGGCGACUCUUCCCGAAGCGCUUUCCACGCAGAUCACAGACGUCCUAGCUUUCCUCCCGCAGAACAGACUCGUGUAUCUCUCACGGAGUAACUCGAUCUGCUCAUGGAAGAUUCUGUCUUGGGCUGGGAAAUCGCUUGCUCGUGCUGUGCCCAUGACCGUGUCGAGGCCCGCGAGCAUCAUGUCCUCGCGGAAGAACUCGCAGAGCAUUGAUGGAAGCCCUAUCAAGCAGCUAUUCUCGCUACCAAGUGAUUGGGUUAGUAAGGACUGUCUGGCGCUUUCGACGGUUUGGAUCGCGGAGAGGUCGUAUCUUUGUCCCAAGAAUGGGGAAGUGGCCAUUGUUAGAUGCGCGGCUCUCGUAUAA